GUUCUGUAUAACUGUAUCUAUGAGGUUUUGUAUAACUGUAUCUAUGAGGUUCUGUAUAACUGUAUCUAUGAGGUUCUGUAUAACUGUAUCUAUGAGGUUUUGUAUAACUGUAUCUAUGAGGUUUUGUAUAACUGUAUCUAUGAGGUUUUGUAUAACUGUAUCUAUGAGGUUUUGUAUAACUGUAUCUAUGAG